AUGAAAGAUGAGGCGGAAACUCCAUGUGGUGGUUGGGAACGCAUCAAAGACAUUAAGGACUCUAAAGUUGAUGUCAUCGCCAAGUUCGCCGUCUCCCAGUUCAACAAACAAAACAACACGAAACUCAAGUUUCAGACUGUUGUUUCGGGCGACUUACAAUAUGUCCAAGGCAUUAAUUUCCGGCUAGUGCUCCAUGUUAGUGACGAAGACGAUGGAGGUAGGAGGACCUACGAAGCAGAGGUCUACGAACAGGAUUGGCUCGAUUCCAGGGUUCUUGAAUACUUUAAACCCGUUGAUUAA